UGAAAGCAGCUGAGGCUCAGAGAAUAAGAGCUGAGUUGGUAAAAGUUUGAUUCCCAGGAUUUACACGGGGAUCUUCAGACGGAGCACGGGGCUGUUCCCGAGGCUGCCUCUUCACAACAUGGGUCCGACCAACGUCAUCCACAAGUUCUCCGCCGAAGCGGGAUCCAAAUGUCUAUUAGAGUCGGAACUACGAACAGUGCUGCAGCAAAGGAUUAUGGUCCUGGAUGGCGGGAUGGGAACCAUGAUCCAGCAGCAUAAACUUGAAGAGGGAGAUUUCAGAGGGGACGAAUUAAAAGAGCACCCGCUUCCACUGAAGGGCAACAACGACCUUCUCAGCAUCACACAGCCCGAUAUAAUUUACAAAAUACACAAGGAAUACCUGAAUGCUGGUGCGGAUAUCAUAGAGACUAACACAUUCAGCAGCACUUCCAUCGCUCAGGCAGACUAUGGACUGGAACACAUGGCCUAUCGUCUCAACAGGAUGUCAGCCGAGCUGGCGAGGAGGGCUGUUGACGAUUUCACCAAACAAACUGGUUCCAAACGCUACGUGGCCGGGGCAGUGGGCCCCACAAAUAAAACCCUGUCUGUAUCACCGUCUGUGGAGAGACCGGACUUCAGGAACGUCACGUUUGAUGGGUUAGUAGAAGCCUACACAGAGCAGGUCAGAGGUUUACUAGACGGAGGAGCAGACAUCAUUCUGGUUGAAACCGUCUUCGACACUGCCAAUGCAAAGGCUGCCUUGUUCGCCAUCGACCUGCUGUUUGAAAAGAGUUAUGAAAGAAAACCCAUAUUUAUCUCAGGGACCAUUGUUGACCGAAGUGGAAGAACUCUGUCUGGUCAGACAGGAGAGGCCUUUGUUGUGAGUUUAUCUCAUGCUAAACCACUUUGUAUUGGUCUCAACUGUGCCUUGGGAGCGACAGAGAUGAGACCAUUCAUUGAAGCCAUUGGAAAAAGCACCACAGCUUUCAUUAUCUGUUAUCCCAACGCAGGUCUUCCCAACACAUUCGGAGGGUAUGAUGAAACACCAGAAGUAACGGCCUCCAGUCUAAAGGAUUUUGCUCAAGAUGGACUGGUAAAUAUUGUGGGAGGCUGCUGUGGGACCACUCCAGGACACAUCAGAGCCAUAUCUGAAGCAGUAAGACACUGCAAGCCAAGAACUCCCGCUGCUGAUGUUCAUCAAGAGAACUUGCUGCUUGCGGGCUUAGAGCCGUUCAGGAUCGGCCCGUACACCAACUUUGUAAACAUUGGAGAGCGAUGUAACGUGGCCGGGUCACGCAAGUUUGCCAAGUUGAUCAUGGCAGGAAACUAUGAGGAGGCGCUAAGCAUUGCUAAGACCCAGGUGGAGAUGGGAGCCCAGGUCCUGGAUAUAAACAUGGAUGAGGGGAUGCUGGAGGGCCCAGCAGCCAUGGCCCGAUUUUGUAACUACAUCGCCUCUGAGCCAGACAUAGCGCGGGUUCCUCUGUGCAUUGAUUCGUCCAACUUCGCCGUGAUUGAGGCUGGGCUGAAGUGCUGUCAGGGCAAGUGCAUCGUCAACAGUAUCAGUCUGAAGGAAGGAGAGGAGGAGUUCCUCCACAGAGCUGCCACUGUGCAGCGCUACGGAGCUGCUGUGGUGGUCAUGGCCUUCGACGAGAAGGGACAGGCCACAGAUUCAGACCGCAAAGUGGAGAUCUGCAGUCGAGCCUACAAGCUGCUCGUCAGCAAAGUGGGAUUUGACCCCAACGACAUCAUCUUUGACCCAAACAUCCUGACCAUCGGCACAGGCAUGGAGGAACACAACGAGUAUGCUGUCAACUUCAUCAAGGCUACCAAGCUGAUCAAGAAAACCUUACCGAGAGCCAGGGUGAGUGGAGGUCUCUCCAACCUGUCCUUUUCCUUCAGAGGAAUGGAAGCCAUCAGAGAAGCUAUGCACGGAGCGUUCCUCUACCAUGCCAUCAAGGAUGGUAUGGAUAUGGGUAUAGUAAAUGCUGGAAACCUGCCGGUGUAUGAUGACAUUGAUAAAGAGCUGCUGCUACUUUGUGAAAACCUCAUCUGGAACAGAGACCCUGAGGCCACUGAGAAACUCCUGGCCUACACACAAACCUAUGUGAAAGGAGGGAAGAAGGUGGUUCAGACGGACGAGUGGAGACUAGCAAGUGUGGAGGAGAGGUUGGAGUAUGCUCUUAUCAAGGGAAUAGAGAAGUAUGUAGUGGAGGAUGUGGAGGAGUGUCGCUCUCAGGAUAACCGCUACACUCGACCCCUUCACAUCAUCGAGGGCCCCCUGAUGAACGGCAUGAAGGUGGUGGGAGAUCUCUUUGGAGCUGGGAAGAUGUUCCUGCCACAGGUGAUCAAGUCGGCUCGUGUUAUGAAGAAGGCCGUGGGACAUCUGAUUCCUUUCAUGGAGAAAGAGAGGCAGGAGAUGAUGGCGUCAUCGGGGUCAACUGAGGAGAUCGAUCCCUAUCAGGGAACCAUAGUUCUGGCUACAGUGAAGGGAGACGUCCACGAUAUUGGCAAGAACAUCGUAGGUGUGGUGCUGGGUUGUAACAACUUCAGGGUGAUCGACCUGGGUGUGAUGGUUCCCUGUGAUAAGAUCCUCAGAGAGGCCAUCACAAAGAAAGCAGAUAUAAUUGGUUUGUCUGGUCUCAUCACCCCCUCUCUGGAUGAGAUGAUCUAUGUGGCCAAAGAGAUGGAGAGACUGGGGAUGACAACACCACUGCUGAUUGGUGGAGCCACCACAUCAAAGACGCACACAGCUGUGAAGAUCGCCCCUCGCUACAGUUGUCCUGCUAUCCAUGUUCUGGACGCCUCCAGGAGUGUGGUGGUGUGUUCCCAGCUGCUGGAUGAGACCAUGAAGGAGGAGUACUUUGAUGACCUGAAAGAAGAGUAUGAGGACGUCAGGCAGGACCACUAUGACUCUCUGAAGGAUCGCCGGUAUCUGUCUCUCUCUCAGGCCAGAGACAAGGCGUUGCGUAUAGACUGGUCCUCUCUCCCCAAACCAGUGUGUCCUCAGUUCCUUGGCACCCGCGUGUUUGAGUGGUACGACCUGAACAGUUUGGUGGACUUUAUCGACUGGAAGCCUUUCUUUGACGUGUGGCAACUUAGAGGAAAAUACCCCAACAGAGGUUACCCCAAGAUCUUCAAGGACAAGACUGUUGGAUCGGAGGCUCGUCGAGUCUUUGACGAAGCCCAGCAGCUGCUCAAUCAGAUGAUUGACAGGAGCAGUCUAAAGGGGCGGGCUUUGGUGGGUUUCUGGCGAGCUCAGAGUGACGGAGACGACAUCAAUGUGUACCAGGAGGAUGUCACGGUGCACAGAGACACCAAACCCAUUGCCAAAUUCCAUGGCUUACGGCAACAGAUGGAGAAGGACAGCUCCAGCUCCGAGCCCUUCUUGUGCGUGUCGGACUUUGUGGCCCCUGUGGACAGCGGUGUAGCAGACUACAUCGGUGUGUUUGCUGUGAGUGUGUUUGGAGCCGAGGAGCUGAGUCAGCAGUUCCAGGCUGAGGGAGACGACUACAACAGCAUUAUGGUCAAAGCUCUGGCUGACCGCCUGGCUGAGGCGUUUGCUGAGGAGCUCCAUGCUCGUGUGCGUAAGGAGCUGUGGGGCUAUUGCGCUGACGAAGCUCUGCAGGCAACGGACCUCCACAGAAUCCGAUACCAGGGCAUCAGACCUGCAGCUGGCUACCCUAGCCAGCCGGACCACACUGAGAAGACCACCAUGUGGAGCCUGGCAGACAUUCAGGAAAAGAUCGGUAUCGGUCUGACAGAGUCCCUGGCCAUGACGCCUGCUGCCUCAGUGUCGGGACUUUACUUCUCCAACCCUCAGGCCUCAUACUUCGCUGUGGGGAAGAUCACCAAGGAGCAGGUGGUGGACUACGCCACGAGGAAAGAGAUGAGUGUGGAGGAGGUGGAGAGGUGGCUUUCUCCUAUCCUGGGAUAUGACAGUGCAGUGUAGAUUGUGACCACACCAGCAGUCAGCUGGACUACAGAGGGAUUAGAGCAGGGAUCCAGUCCAACCAUUUUAUCGCACACAGGUUCUAACUGUGGCUGCCUACAUUGGCAUUUACUGGCAUGCGUACUGAACAAACACACUAGGCUUUAUCAUUUCACACUGUCACUGCAUAUUUCAUGAUGAUCCACAAGCUUUCCACUGUGCCAACAGGUCAUAACAAACUUAAAGUCCCCUCUAAAAUCAAUUCCCUCUGUUUUAUUGGAGUGGUUCUAUCAGGUUUACUCAUGUAAUGUAAUAGGCGGUUGAAAAUCUCUUAGUUUGACAUCACAUUCACAAAGCUCUGUCUCCACCAGUGCUACAGGAUCAAGCUAAAGUGAUUGUCACAGUUAUUUUGCUCAUUGUUGAUAUCAUUAAUGUUUUCUCUCUUAAUCCUCGGCCUGACCUGAUGUCAGUUACACUCAGUGCCAUGAUGAGUCCUGACUUCCUGUGAUACGUUUUACAUUUAUCUUAAAUGGUUCAACAUGUUCAAGACUUUUUUUCUGAGAUGAGAAGAUCUCACUGAGCAUCCACACACUCCUCGGAAGGUCCCAGUUCCAAGAGAUGUGAAGUCGUCAGUGAUCAUGUGCUUUGAAGUCGGAAUAUUGAAAAACAUGGAGGCUGUAAACAACAUGUUUUGUGUGCAACACAUUGAUGUUUCUCUUAACAACAAACAGCAAAAAAAAGUGAUCAGGUGUGACGAACAUUAUUUUAAACAUGUUUGUUAAUCAUAAAAACAUCUGUAUUGACAAAAAAUUGCCAUACAGUUUGUAGUUGACAUUAGAAGCUACUAUUUAAAGCUGAUUGUAAAAUUAUGUUCAUUGGAUUAUAAAUGAUCUUAGCAACUCGUGUGGGAAAAUUUUUGCGAACUUUCUGAUUAAUUGUUCCGACUUGAGAUGCCGUUCACAUAGAUUUUCCCAGUUGCGAACGAAUUUUCUGGCUCCUGCUUCACACUCAGGACUGAUUUAAAUCUUCUCAUCUCACUCAUAGAAGGAAAGUGCACAAACAUGUUUCCCAAAGUGUUAAUUUCUUCCUUUGGAUACAAAAGGAUUUUAAAAAGAGCCUUGUUCUAAAGAAAAAAAAAAAAAAAAAAGAUAAAUAAUUUAGAUUAAAAUCAGGACAUUUCUGAUCAAAGAAUCAACGAAUCAUACUGUGAAUCUGUUGUUACAUUCAAGGCCAAACUUGUGCCGUUUUUUAUACUUGGCGGUACGGACCAUUUCAUUUGUUACUUGAAAAGCAUCGAUCAGGAGCUUUAGUAUAAAUAAAUGUUGCUUCAAAUGUAAGUGGAGAACGAACUGACAGAGCAGUUAAUGAAUAUUAUUGAGUUCCCAAAUGUUUCAGACAGAGAAAAAAGUUUACAUGUCUUGGCAUACAUUGUAUUUAUUUCUUUCUUUUCAUUGUCUUAAGCCAGCUCAUCAAACACUUAAGUACGAGUUUCAUAUAUAUAUCCACAUAUUGUUGUUAUUGUGUUUUAUCAAUGAUGAUUAAUGGAAUAUUCAUAUCUGUAUAUUCGAAGAUCCUGAAACAUUUAUAUAUGACAAAAUAAAACAAAACAAGAAUCUGCAUUUCACAUGUCUUAAAAGCCCUGAUGUGCUGCAGCAGAUGGUCUCAUUUUGUGUGAAACUGUUUUACUUUCUUAAAAAAGUAGAUAAAUGGCUACACACUAUUGACAUGACAGUAUUAUUUUAUGAAAAAUAAAUUGUUUGAAUGUUA